AUGCAGCUCUCUUUCAUCGUCCUUGCCGCCAGCGCUGGUGUCGCUAUCGCAGCUCCCCAGCUCGCUCCUCGCCAGAACGCCUGCUUCGUCGUCGGCAACACCGUCCUUCCCCAGGAAGUCUCCGACGCCGUGACCGGCCUUCAGGCCAAGGUCACCUGCGACAACACCAAGAAGACCCUCUCCGGCGUGCCCGACGUCUCGGCCGGCAACGUCAAGUUCUCCUCCAUCAACUUCGCCGACGCCAAGGGCCAGACCCCUCUGGCCUUUGCCCUCGACAAGUUCGCGACCACCGAGCCCCUGGCUUCCAACGACCUGACCAAGUUCCAGAACGAGCUUGACGCCUACGUCGCGACCGAGGCCGGCAUCCGCUCCGUCGGCGGCAACCUCGCCAUCAAGGUGCCCAAGUUCUUCCUGUCCAUGCAGGUCCAGCGCAUCGCCACGGCCCAGGGCAACCCGCCCAAGGCCGCCGGCCAGCAGGUCGACCACCUGCGCGACAAGGUCCUCAAGAACGCCCCCAAGGAGGACAAGGCUCUGCUCGACCAGGUUACCGCCCUGGCCGCCAAGCUUACUUGA